AUGGCCGAGCUCCCGUCAAAGGUGCACGUCACCUCACACCCCAUCUGCCUGAGGUGUGAGCCUUCGGUGUAUGAGGACGAGGACCGGCGCAUGUGGUUGCAUCUCUUCAGGGAGACAGGAGGUGUCUUGCAAGUACGGUUGCGCCAGGAAGACAUCCCCAUUGGGCAUAUCACAAUCACCCAAAGCUGGCUCACCUCGAGCAUCAUGCCUUUAAUGUGGACGCUCCACCCUGGAGGCCAGUACGUGGAUCACAUGUGCUGGUUCUGGUGCAUCGUGCACCACAUCAAGGAGAAUCGAGUGGAGGAAAUGAUCCUUGAGCUGAUGGAAAACUCACAGGACAGAUGA